UUUAUGUCGCCUUUGUGGUAUCAUUUUACUUUAAUUUGAACUGUGUCACAAACAUUUUAUGCUAUGUUUCUUUGCUGCUACUACAUUAAUUUAACUGUAAUGCCAGAAUGAAUUACCCCAAGAAUACAGAGAACAUCUGUCGGAUUUGUUUGGAUGAAAAUGUUGUUUUAAACUGGAAUAAUAUGUUGUUUGAUUAUUAUGGGAUAACAUACAAAGAGUGUUACUACAAAUAUACCCAGUUGGAAUGCAAUGAUCAUGAUAUAUUUUCCUCAAUGUUAUGUCAAAAUUGUUUGAUUGGUUUACAAAAUAUCCAUACUCUUAUCUUAAGAGCUAUAGAAUCGCAUAAAUAUUUUGAAGAAACAAAUCUCAUCUAUUUAGAAAUAGAGGAAGACACCUGUCAAGAUGAAAUUGAUAUUAAAUGUAACCCAACAGAAUUUGAAACUGUAUUGAUAGACGAACAAACAAUAGAUGAUCCAAAUGAACAACAGUUAAACGAAAACUCUCAAAAAGAUUUCGAUAAAUCUCGAAGAGAUAGAAGAAAAAACCUAAAAUCUAUUGAUUCGGAAAGCACUGACGAUCAAAGCAUUGCAGCAUUAAAAAUAAAUUUGCCAAAUAAUUGUAAACGUAAGUCAAUAAAAGAAACCAGUAAACCCGAUAUAGAUAACAAUGAGAAACUAAAUUCAUCAGAUGAAAAUAAAGACAAACCAGAAGAUAGCAAAACCACUAAAUUAAAAAAUAAAAAGGAUCGUGUAAAGCAAAAAAUCAUAUGCUCCGUUUGCUCGAGAGAAUUUGCCAGUAAAUUUAUUGCAAAAAAACACGAAGUGACACAUGCUAAAAAUAGGGAACGUAAAGAAACUUGUGAAAUUUGUGGUCUUAAGCUCUAUACAAGAAAUAGUCUUCUUCAACACCUGGAAAUACAUGAUAAAAAUCGUGUAAAGACUCACAAGUGUGAGUAUUGUCCGAAAGCUUUUUAUAGAAAAGGCGGACUUAAUAUACAUCGGCGCAUACAUUUGGGACAAAUGAUAGCAUGUAAUAUAUGUUCGAAAGAGUUUUUCAGAAGUCACGAUUUAAAUCAACAUAUGGCUUCACAUUCAACUAUAUCUAUAAAUGCGCAAAUAAGGAAACGAUCAAAAUAUUAUGUACACUGUAAGGAUUGUGACAAAAAUAUACUUAGUACAAGUUAUAAAUCUCAUAAAGCUGCUCAUCUAAAAACUCCUCUAGUGAAAUGUUCCCUUUGCAAUAACGAGUAUUACAGCCGAAGCAGCUGCUGUGUUCAUUUGAAAAGAAUCCAUAAAAAACGGCAAGAAGAGUUCGAUGAUUGCAUAAUAGUGUACAAAAAGGAUCGAAUAUCACGUUUGUAUAUAGAACAAAAUGAAGACAUAGAACCUGCGGAUUAACACUAAAUAUUUUCCAUAACUUAUUACCAAUAUACAAAAUACACAUUAAUUCUAGAUAAAAAUAUUUUAAUUUAAUAUAAAGUUCGUUUAAAUGUAUUUAUAAAUUAUUUAUCCUUAUACUGCAAGUGUUUGUGUAGCCAUUUCAUGAAUGCCCUUAUUGUAUACCUACAAUCAUAGUAUAGUUAAGAAAUUAUUAAUUUGUUCAGAACCAAGAUUAAAGAAGUACUUAGUGCAAGGUUGUGUGUGUCAUCUGAAAUAAUAAAUAUCAAAUUAAAACGAUUUCCUGUGUGAACCGGCCCAGGGUGUACUGAAUACAAGGUAACAUCACUAGCUUAGCUGAUAAUUUGUUUUCAAUUUUUUAUACAUAGACUUGUAUACAGGCUUAAUCCGCACGCUUGUCAAAAUUCAUAUGAAAAAAAUUGACAAUCGUGCGUUUGCUUUCAAGUGCUGGUACCUUGUUAAGUAUACCAUAAACCGGUCCAUUACA